AUGCCUCAAAACGAAUAUAUUGAGCAACAUAUCAAACAACAUGGUCGUAGAUUAGACCAUGACGAGAGAAAGCGUAAGAGAGAGGCCAGAGAGUCUCACAAGGUGGCCGAGAGAGCCCAGAAGCUGACUGGAUGGAAGGGUAAACAAUUUGCCAAGAAACGGUACGCCGAGAAGGUUGCUUUGCGCAAAAAGAUCAAAGCCCACGAGCAAUCGAAGGUCAAGGGCCCUUCAAAGCCGUUGGAGGAUUCCGGAGAGGCUCUACCUACAUAUUUGCUGGACAGAGAACAGAACAAUACUGCGAAGGCAAUUUCAUCGUCAAUCAAGCAGAAACGUCUCGAGAAGGCCGACAAAUUUUCGGUGCCAUUGCCAAAGGUACGUGGUAUCAGUGAGGAAGAGAUGUUCAAAGUGAUCAAGACAGGUAAAUCAAGGACCAAGAAUUGGAAACGUAUGAUCACCAAGCACACUUUUGUAGGCGAGAGUUUCACGAGAAGACCAGUGAAGACCGAGCGAAUCAUCAGACCGAGUGCACUAAGACAGAAGAAAGCAAACGUAACACAUCCAGAGCUUGCAGUGACAGUGUUCUUGCCUAUUCUAGCAGUGAAGAAGAAUCCUCAAUCGCCCAUGUACACUCAACUUGGGGUUCUAACGAAAGGUACUAUCAUCGAAGUAAAUGUAUCGGAACUUGGGAUGGUUACUGCCGGUGGUAAGGUUGUAUGGGGUAAAUACGCUCAAAUCACCAAUGAACCUGACAGAGAUGGGUGUGUGAACGCAGUACUAUUAGUGUAA